GUGCAGAGAGAAAAAGAUAUCUACCUUAGGAAAGAGCCUCAUAGAGGGAGGGAAGUAGAGGACGGGUAGCAGCGUGUGUUUGUGUAUGUGUGAGAGAGAGACACUUACCCACCUAACUACUAGGAGAAAGACACACUUUCCUGGCCUGACUCAAAGAAGGGGGAGAACAGGAGGAAGUUAGAUAUUUUUUUUUUUUUUUUUGCUGCAAUUUCAUUUAAAUUUUUCCCCUCCCUCAACAAUCAAGCGUUUUCUAAAGCUUCCCCUCCAGGAAGUCUGUUCUUUAUUCCCCAUUGGAAAUAUAUAUGUACUGAUCCAUUUCCACUAGACAAACCUCAUGGAUUUGUACCUGAUUGGAUAUAUGAUGUGUGUGUGGUGGUCAACCUCGCGGGUGCUUGGAGGCUAUCCCAUCUGGUGGUCCCUCGCGCUGGGCCAGCAGUAUUCGUCGCUGGGCUCCCAACCCAUCCUGUGCGGCUCGAUCCCUGGUCUGGUACCUAAGCAACUGCGUUUCUGUCGCAACUACAUCGAGAUCAUGCCCAGCGUGGCAGAGGGCGUGAAGCUGGGCAUCCAGGAGUGCCAGCACCAGUUCAGAGGCCGUCGUUGGAACUGCACCACCAUCAAGGACAACCUGGCCAUCUUCGGUCCCGUGCUAGACAAAGCAACCAGGGAAUCUGCUUUCGUCCAUGCCAUCGCUUCAGCCGGGGUGGCGUUCGCCGUGACGCGGUCCUGCGCCGAGGGCACGUCCACCAUGUGUGGCUGCGACUCCCACCACAAGGGCCCGCCGGGAGAGGGCUGGAAGUGGGGUGGUUGCAGCGAGGAUGCGGAGUUCGGCGUGCUGGUGUCCAGGGAGUUUGCCGACGCACGAGAGAACCGCCCUGACGCGCGCUCUGCCAUGAACCGGCACAACAACGAGGCAGGACGCACGACCAUCCUUGACCACAUGCACCUGCGCUGCAAAUGCCACGGCCUGUCUGGCAGCUGCGAGGUGAAAACGUGCUGGUGGGCGCAGCCCGACUUCCGCAUGCUGGGCGACUACCUGAAGGACAAGUACGACAGCGCCUCGGAGAUGGUGGUGGAGAAGCACCGGGAGUCGCGCGGCUGGGUCGAGACGCUGCGAGCCAGAUACGCCUUCUUCAAACACCCCACGGAGCGCGACCUGGUGUACUACGAGGGCUCGCCGAACUUCUGCGAGCCCAACCCGGAGACGGGCUCGUUUGGCACGCGCGACCGCGCCUGCAACGUGUCCUCGCACGGCAUCGAGGGCUGCGACCUGCUCUGCUGCGGCAGGGGCCACAACACCCGGACUGAGAAGCGCAAGGAGAAGUGCCACUGUAUCUUCCACUGGUGCUGCUACGUAAGCUGCCAGGAGUGCGUGCGCGUCUACGACGUUCACACGUGCAAGUGACACUCGACGGGCCACACGGAAACGAUGGACCGCAGAGAUAUCACAGACACAUACGCUGCAUUCGUCACAUACACAACAGGACACAGGUACAGACAGAGGCACAGGCGGGCAUGACACUUCUUUGCUGGAACUCUAGACUUCUACAACCUUGUAAUAAAAAGGUCACGUCCCCAUAUCUUUAUUCCCUGCCCUGCAUCCUCCAUAGUGGGGGGCAUAAUCAUUGGAACAACCUUAAUCACGCAAAUGCCAGCCCUAGCCUUUUGGGGGGGGCCCUAAGCGAAAUUUGAUUUAGGGGCACCCUAGCAGUUAGGGGCCCUAAGAAACCGCGCGUAGGUCGCUUAUGCCUAGGGCCGGCACUGGUAAUCUGUUUUAACUUCUUCAGUUCCUGCAGCAUUGGGCUAUGACCACUUCUUAAUUUAUUUCCUCCACAUGGCUGCGUCACCGAGGACUUUCCUGUCCAUUGCUAUCCAACAGACAUCUAUUUCAACUAACAGCUGAUUUCGGCAGCGCGUAACCUUGUUGGUCCACUACAGAGAAACUACAGCGGUCCGUUAACGACAGCUGUCGGUCCACAAUAUAACUGAACACACGACAGCAGCCCAGGGACCUACCACUUUAACUACUGAACCCCACUUAGCGGGCUGCUACUGGACCCCUCCCCUCCUUAACUACUGAGCUGGUGAAAUCGCCCCGAAUCCCAGCACAAUGUACGGAUUCUGAACUGCAGCAGAUGCCUGGCUGAGAUGCUUAGAGCCUGCUUUUAUAACCCCACAUAUCUGAAAUAUUAUCAACGGGCCGGGACUGGAGGUGGUACGCAGGAGGGGACGUGUGUACCAAACAAACACGCCGGUUUCUACUAAUGAACAUUUUUGCACAUGCACUAUUCAGCAGUACAGGAAGUGUGUUGAGGUGGUGAAACAUUGGCUAUUGUUAUUUAUGAGAGCAAAUGCAUUCUUGUCUUAACCUGUUACGUUCUAACAUUCAUAUUCACCGAGAUGGUUUAGAGAAAUUUUGCUGGAAUUCCCACAGAUUAUGUAACAUUAGCCUGUUUUAAAGUAUUUGAGGAGGUUACAAUGAAUUGUCACAGAGAAGAAAACGUUGUCAUCAAAAGAACUGGUAGAGGGUUUGGCUAUAAGAGAUUACGUCAUUGGAUUUACAUUGAAUUCACCAGUUAAAUUUGCAAUUGCCCAAUGCUGAUAAGAAAACUCACUAUCAGCCUAAUAGCGACAGUGGGAUUUGAUUUUAUCUAACAACUGCAGGUCCAUAACAUUAGGUUCCUCAACGGGUUGUAAAGUCUGUGUCUAAGAAUACUCUCACCGGUGACAUGUAACGACCCUGAAAAGUGUCAUUACAGUCGUCAAAAUCUCCUUUCCUCAUCCCUCCUUCCCUAUUUGCCACUGAUGUGAAAUAUCUCGACAACAGAAACAGUUGAGUUUCGGUGGGAAACAAAUUGCAGAGGCGAGGGUUGGAGGGAUACUUCGCCUACUGGAAGAGGUGAAUUGAUUGAGAUUGAGUUCGCACUGACUGCCAGUGACAGGUCUAACGUUGGAGGGUGGAGGGAGGCACGAUGGAACAAACUGGGAAGUUUCCACACACGUUCUGCCAGUCCAACAUGCCUCCUAUUCAUUAUAUGUAACAAGAUAAAUUAAAACUUACCCAGAUAGUUUAGCCUCCUCGCUGUGAUAUAGCUUAACAUCGGCGUCACCCUCUUAAAAGCCCUCUACCCCGUCCCCUGUGUUGAGUUCCUUCGUUUCUUUCCCGCUAUAUCCAAA